AUGGCGUUGGCGCCCAAACCCCUCAUUCUCUCCUCCGCCUCCUCGUUAAUCCCCAAUUUUCAGCUCAUACUAAUUCCUAAACCUAGACCAUUUUUCCCCAAUUUUCAGUCUCGAAAGCCAGCCACGCUCACCGUUUGCAAUUCCGCUCGCACCGUUAACCCGGAUUCGUCUGUAUCCGCGCCCGAACCCGAUGGUUCCGGACCAUCCGCCCCGACCCGGGGCGACAUCUUUCUUCAGCACCAGCAGGCCGCGGCUGCCUCCGCCGCCGUCCUUGCGGAGAUAAAGGAAAAGAAGAAGAAGAAGAAGAAGGAUAAAGACAAAGCUGUGAAGGCUUCUUCUGCGGUUAAUGUUCCUAGCUGCUAUGGCUGCGGAGCCCCGCUGCAAACCUCUGAAUCCGAUGCUCCGGGUUAUGUGGAGCUCGAAACAUAUAAUUUGAAAAAGAAACAUAGACAGCUCAGAAAAGUUUUAUGUGGGAGGUGCAGACUUUUGUCACAUGGGCAUAUGAUCACUGCUGUUGGUGGAAAUGGUGGGUAUGCCGGUGGGAAACAAUUUGUUACCGCAGAAGAGCUUCGCGAAAAGCUGUCGCAUUUACGCAAUGAAAAAGCUCUAAUUGUGAAAUUGGUUGAUAUAGUGGACUUCAAUGGCAGUUUUUUGUCUCGUAUCCGUGACCUUGCUGGUGCAAAUCCCAUAAUACUAGUGAUAACUAAGGUUGACCUUCUCCCAAAAGGAACUGAUCUUAAUUGUGUUGGUGAUUGGGUGGUGGAGGCCACAGUGAAGAAGAAAUUGAACGUAAUAAGUGUACACUUGACGAGUUCAAAGUCUCUGGUGGGCAUUGCUGGAGUGAUCUCAGAAAUUCAGAGAGAGAAGAAGGGAUCAGCUAAUGUGGGAAAAUCUGCUUUCAUUAAUGCUCUACUCAAAAUGCUAUCUUACAAGGAUCCAGUGGCUGCUGCCGCAAGAAAGUAUAAACCAAUUCAAUCUGCCGUUCCAGGAACUACAUUGGGCCCAAUCCAGAUAGAAGCUUUCUUGGGUGGAGGAAAAUUGUUCGACACGCCUGGAGUCCAUCUUCACCAUAGGCAAGCUGCUGUGAUUAAUUCAGAGGAUCUACCUGCUCUAGCACCCCAAAGUCGGCUUCGAGGUCAAUCAUUCCCUAGCCCUAAUUUAGUUCUAGACAAUCUGUUGGUCGACCGGAUCAGAUCAAAUGGCUUGGUUGGUUUCUCUAUUUUCUGGGGAGGUCUUGUCCGAAUAGACAUCACCAAGGUUCUCCCAGAAACAUGUUUGACGUUUUAUGGACCCAAGGCCCUGCAGCUUCAUUUGGUUCCUACUGAAAAGGCUGAUGAAUUUUACCAGAUUGGAGUAGGGACCCUCUUGACACCUCCAUCUGGAAAGCAGAAGGCAGACAGCUGGAUGGGUCUUGAAACAAAGCGUGAGUUGCAAUUGAGAUAUAACAAUAUCGAGAGGCCGGCUUGUGAUGUAGCCAUAUCAGGGCUAGGGUGGAUAUCAGUCGAACCAUUUUCUCAACCUUGUAAAUCAUCCGAGCCUCGUUCAGAAGAAAUUAGUGGCGAGAUAGCUUUGACUGUCCAUGUGCCAAAGCCCGUAGAGAUUUUUAUUCGGCCUCCUUUACCUGUAGGUGGUGCCGGGGGGCAAUGGUAUCAGUACAGGGAGCUGACUGAAAUCGAACAAGAAACCAGACCAAAAUGGUUUUUCUGA